GCUGUGGAGGAUUGAUACCUAGCUUCUAUCUUCCCAGGCUGGACCACAAACUGGAGCUUCAUAUUUGAGGCAGAGAUGUGGGCAGUGAGAGGAGGAAUCCUAUGGCAGCCUCUAGCCCUAGCAAAAAAUCACCCCCCAAACCAGUCUCUCAACACCCCACUGUCAUUUAUCCUUUAAUCAAUUGGCCAGCAUGGAUUAUUUUCCCAUCUCUAAAUGUCACCGUGGCUAAAUCGUGAGGUGCUCAGAGACUCCCCCGUACUCUGAUUCCUGCCUCAUCUUCCUCCUCUCGCUCCCAGUCAGCCCCCCCCACCACCACCACCACCCCCCACCUACCACCCUCCUCUCACCCACCCCCUCCUCCUCCCACCGCCCCGGACGGAUUGCAGGAUCUUGAAAGAUGCAGCUCUGAAAAACGGCAGCUCUGAAAACGGCAGAGCGUGCUGGGGAGAGGGUCCGCGACGCAAGACCCCUCAGUCCUUUUUUUUUUUAUUUUCAUUUUCCUUUCUUUUAUUUUUUUAAUUUGUUUUUAUUUUUUACUUUAUUUUAUUAUUUUUUAAAAGCAAAGACAGGAGAGGUGGCGGGGGAAAGAUUGAUCCCUCCCUGUUUCUAACCUGUAUUUUUAUACACAUAUAUCUAUUUUUGUUGCCUGUGAAUUGGACUUGCAUGCAUGAAGAUCCUGUAUAGAUUUCUACGUGUAUAUAUAGGCAGAUCUUCGGACAUAUUGAUGGGCAUACAUCAGCAGUUGGCUGUGUAUUCUCUCUGCUGGGUAUACAACUGUUAAGUCCGGCUCCUGUCAGAACAUUUAUCUGUCUGUUUCUAUAUGAGCACCUGUCUGCGGAGACACCUGAGGAGUGUGCAGCCAAAUUCAGGACGUUGCCCGUCUGGAUGAGAUGUGAUGCUUUGCAGCGUUCUUUUCUCUACUUUUCCCACAUCUUUUCCUUGCUCCUCGCUUUCCGGUAACCCGCGGACUUUGUCCCCAGCAUCAUGGGGGCUCGCUUCGGGGACGAGGUGCCGGCCCGUGGCGGGGGAGUCGCAGGUCGCGGAAGUCGACAAGGUGGGCCACCGGGGGCCCAGCGGAUCUACAAACAGUCAAUGGCACAGAGGGCCCGUACCAUGGCGCUGUACAACCCAAUCCCAGUACGGCAGAACUGCUUUACCGUCAACCGUUCCCUCUUCCUCUUCAGCGAAGACAACGUGGUGAGGAAAUACGCCAAAAAAAUCACCGAAUGGCCUCCUUUUGAAUAUAUGAUUUUAGCAACUAUUAUAGCGAAUUGCAUUGUCCUGGCGAUGGAGCAGCAUUUACCAGAGGGAGACAAGACCCCGAUGUCAGAGCGCCUGGAUGAUACAGAACCUUAUUUCAUUGGAAUAUUCUGCUUUGAAACUGGAAUUAAGAUCAUUGCAUUGGGAUUUGCAUUCCACAAAGGAUCCUACUUACGCAAUGGCUGGAAUAUGAUGGAUUUUGUGGUUGUUUUAACAGGGAUUGUGGCAUCCACUGGGCCAGAGUUUGAUCUGAGGACCCUUCGAGCUGUACGUGUUCUGCGACCCCUAAAACUGGUGUCUGGAAUCCCAAGUUUACAAGUGGUCCUGAAGUCUAUCAUGAAAGCCAUGAUUCCCCUGCUACAGAUCGGGCUGCUGUUGUUCUUUGCUAUUCUUAUCUUUGCAAUCAUUGGGCUUGACUUCUAUAUUGGAAAAUUCCACAAUUCCUGCUACGAACCUCAGGGAGAUGAAAACAAGGUGGAGGGCCUCUGUGGCAAUGAGUCGUCCUCGCGCAGGUGCCCCAAUGGAACCGUAUGCUACGAUAAAUGGGAGGGGCCUAAUAACGGCAUCACUCAGUUUGACAACAUCUUGUUUGCAGUGCUGACCGUAUUUCAGUGCAUCACUAUGGAAGGGUGGACAGACAUGUUGUAUCAUAGCAAUGACGUGUUUGGCAGUGCAUGGAACUGGCUUUACUUCAUACCCCUUAUUAUCAUUGGCUCCUUCUUCAUGCUUAACCUUGUUCUAGGUGUCCUAUCAGGGGAGUUCGCCAAAGAGAGGGAGCGAGUAGAGAACCGGCGAGCAUUCAUGAAGCUGAGGAGACAGCAGCAGAUUGAGAGGGAGCUGAAUGGAUACAUGGAGUGGAUAUCAAAAGCAGAAGAAGUGAUUCUUGCAGAAGAUGAUAGUGAUGUUGAGAGACUUCCUUACGAUGGAGCCCUACGGAGACCUGUCGUCAAGAAGAACAAAACUGAGCUGCUGAACACUGACGAGGGGGAGGAGGUCAUAGGAGACAUCUCUUCAGUGGGCUCUCCUUUUGCUCGUGCCAGUAUCAAAAGUGCCAAGAUUGAGAAUUCCACAUAUCUAAACAAGAAAGAACGACGCAUGCGUUUCUACAUCCGACGUAUGGUGAAGACUCAGGCCUUUUACUGGGUGGUUCUAGGUCUUGUAGCACUUAACACGCUGUGCGUGGCGAUCGUGCACUACGGCCAGUCUGAGCAGCUAACUAAUUUUCUCUACUAUGCAGAAUUCAUUUUCCUUGGGCUCUUUAUGUCCGAAAUGUUUAUAAAAAUGUACGGUCUAGGAACCAGGCCUUAUUUUCACUCAUCGUUUAACUGCUUUGACUGUGCCGUUAUUACUGGGAGCAUCUUUGAGGUCAUAUGGGCAAUGGUGAAGCCUGGCACAUCCUUCGGGAUCAGCGUCUUAAGAGCCCUCCGCUUGCUGCGCAUAUUCAAGGUUACAAAGUAUUGGGCGUCUCUCCGGAACCUGGUGAUCUCCUUGCUCAGCUCCAUGAAGUCCAUCAUCAGUUUGCUCUUCCUGCUCUUCCUCUUCAUCGUGGUCUUUGCCUUACUAGGGAUGCAGCUGUUUGGUGGACAGUUUAACUUUGAUGACAAAACCCCUUCUACAAACUUUGACAAUUUUCCUGCAGCAAUAAUGACUGUGUUUCAGAUAUUGACUGGGGAAGACUGGAAUGCAGUAAUGUACGAUGGCAUCAAGUCUCAGGGAGGAGUAAAGUCUGACACUGGCAUGUUAUUCUCCAUCUACUUCAUCAUCCUCACCCUCUUUGGGAACUACACUCUGCUGAACGUCUUCUUGGCCAUCGCUGUGGACAAUCUUGCAAAUGCUCAGGAGCUGACCAAGGACGAGCAGGAGGAAGAGGAGGCAGCCAAUAAGAAACUGGCAAUGCAGAAAGCUAAGGAGGUUGCAGAAGUCAGCCCCCUGUCGGCGACUAACAUGUCUAUAGCAGCGAAAGAGCAACAGAAAAACCAGAAGGGUGCUAUGUCUGUUUGGGAGCAGCGUACGAAUGAGAUGCGUCGGCAGAAUAUAAUGAACAGCAGGGAGGCCCUGUACAGUGAACUUGACCCAGAAGAGCGUUGGAAGGUGGCCUUCAUGCGAGCAGACGUGAAGACGCACUUGGACCGACCGCUGGUUGUGGACCCUCAAGAAAAUCGCAACAACAACACCAACAAAAGUCGUCCAGGAGAAAGCAAGACCCCUAUAGAACGCUUGUCUCACCAGCGGGCAGAAGACUAUCUGCGCAAGCAAGCGCGGUUUCAGGAGCGUGCAAGCCGAGCAUAUGAAAUAGGGCAGGAAUCCGGCCGCCGGCCACGGAGUAAAGAGCAGGACAUUAGCCGUGAUGGGCAGGAAUUGGGACUUCAGGACAGGACAGGGGAAAUGGAUGGAGGGGUACGCACGCCACAGGAACCACCAAGGAGACACAGGGGUGGAGGAAGCAAGGAGAGCAGAAGUGGAUCCCCGCUGCCACGUGGGGAUGGAGAUCACCGAAGACAUAGAGUGCACCGCAGAACAGGGGAAGAACCAGAAUAUAUGGGGGGAAGUGGUGGAAGAGGAGGAGGUAGUGGAGGAGAAAGGAGACCUCGACAUGUGAGGGAUGGUGGAAGAACAAGGGAGGUUGGUGGGGGAGGAGAAAGCGAAGGGCCUGAUGGAGAGAGGAGAAGAAGGCACCGUCACACUGCACAGUCCACCUAUGAGAAUGACGUGAAGAAAGAUGACAGAGAGAGGAGACAUCGGAGGCGAAAGGAUCCAACCACUCCAGUCCCCAACUCUGGCCCAAAUCUGUCCACCACACGUCCCAUACAGGAUCGUUCUCGCCAGGAGAAUCAAAACCAACAACCGGAAAAUAUGGACAACAUCCGGAACAACAAGCUGGUCACUACCGAGCCCCCAGUUGCGGGAGGCAUCAACCACAGCCCUGCAAAACUGAACAAUCACACCAACUGCGCAAACACCAACAGUGUUCCUGCUGUGAAUUCCGCCCCUAAACGGACUCCUCUCCCCACUAACUCCGGCCCUCCUCCCUCUGCACCAGAUUCCGGCCAGACACACAGUAACCCCACUGACACAGCCAAAGGGACUAAAGCUGCAGAGCAGACCACAGUGGACAUCCCACUGCCCUUCCCUCCACCGGUAGAGAAUGCUGUCGGACAGGUUAAUAAGACGGUUGCGGUCUCCCCCCUACCUCAGAAGGAGGAUGAGAAAAAAGAGGAGGAAGAAGACGAUGAAGAUGGAGGGAAAGGACCUAAGCCGAUGCCCCCAUACAGUUCCAUGUUUAUUCUGUCCACCACUAACCCUUUACGUCGGUUGUGCCAUUACAUCGUCACCCUGCGAUACUUUGAAAUGUGCAUCUUGCUGGUGAUCGCCAUGAGCAGUAUAGCUCUUGCUGCAGAGGACCCAGUGUAUCCCGAGGCCACUCGUAAUAACGUCCUACGUUACUUUGACUAUGUGUUCACUGGGGUCUUCACCUUUGAGAUGGUUAUAAAGAUGGUAGAUCUGGGCCUCCUCCUCCACCAGGGAGCCUACUUCAGAGACCUGUGGAACAUUCUGGAUUUCAUCGUAGUUUCUGGUGCUCUUGUGGCUUUUGCUUUCUCAGGUGGAAGUAAAGGAAAGGACAUCAGCACUAUCAAAUCCCUGCGCGUCCUCCGUGUCCUGCGGCCGCUGAAAACGAUCAAGCGACUGCCAAAGCUAAAGGCUGUAUUUGACUGCGUGGUGAACUCUCUGAAGAAUGUCCUAAACAUCCUCAUCGUCUACAUGCUGUUUAUGUUUAUAUUUGCUGUGGUGGCCGUCCAGCUUUUCAAGGGGAAGUUUUUCUAUUGCACAGAUGAAUCAAAAGAAUUUCAGAGGGACUGCAGGGGAGAGUACCUGGUGUACGAGAAGAAUGAAGUGAAGGCGCAGAAGCGGGAGUGGAAGAAGUGGCCUUUCCACUAUGACAACGUACUGUGGGCUUUGCUCACGCUCUUCACUGUGUCUACAGGCGAGGGCUGGCCAGAUGUUCUCAGACACUCUGUGGACGCCACCUAUGAAGACCAAGGUCCCAGGCCUGGAUUCCGUAUGGAGAUGUCCAUCUUUUAUGUCGUUUAUUUUGUGGUUUUCCCUUUCUUCUUUGUCAACAUUUUUGUAGCCUUGAUUAUCAUCACUUUCCAGGAGCAAGGGGACAAAAUGAUGGAGGAGUACAGCCUGGAAAAGAAUGAGAGAGCCUGUAUUGAUUUUGCUAUAAGUGCCAAGCCCCUUACUCGCCACAUGCCGCAAAACAAGCAAAGUUUUCAGUAUCGAAUGUGGCAAUUCGUGGUGUCUCCCCCUUUCGAAUACACAAUUAUGGCUCUCAUUGCCCUGAACACCAUUGUACUGAUGAUGAAGUUCCAUGGAUACUCUAAUACAUAUGAGCAUGUGCUGAAAGCAUUUAACAUCGUCUUCACGUCUCUUUUCUCGCUGGAGUGUCUUCUGAAGAUCAUGGCUUUCGGGGCUCUGAAUUAUUUCCGCGAUGCUUGGAACAUCUUCGAUUUUGUGACAGUCCUCGGCAGCAUUACAGAUAUCGCCGUCACGGAGUUCUUGGGCAGCUUUAUCAACCUCAGUUUCCUGCGUCUGUUCCGAGCCGCACGACUCAUUAAACUCUUGCGGCAGGGUUACACUAUUCGUAUUCUCCUGUGGACCUUCGUUCAGUCAUUUAAGGCGCUUCCCUACGUCUGCCUCCUGAUCGCUAUGCUGUUCUUUAUUUAUGCCAUCAUCGGGAUGCAGGUGUUUGGUAACAUUGCCCUGGAUGAAGAUGAUGAGGACACGGCUAUAACGGAACACAACAACUUCCGCACCUUCUUUCAGGCCCUCAUGCUCCUCUUCCGGAGCGCCACGGGAGAAGCCUGGCAUGAUAUUAUGCUGUCCUGUCUCAGUGAGAAGCCCUGUGAUGUUCUGUCCGGGAUAAAGGAAAAGGCCUGCGGGAGCGAAUUUGCAUACUUCUACUUUGUAUCUUUCAUCUUCCUUUGCUCAUUCCUGAUGUUGAACCUGUUUGUUGCUGUCAUCAUGGAUAACUUUGAGUAUCUGACCCGUGAUUCGUCCAUUUUGGGUCCCCAUCAUCUGGAUGAAUAUGUGCGAGUAUGGGCAGAGUAUGACCCGGCUGCUUGCGGGCGUAUUCAUUAUAAGGACAUGUACAGUUUGUUACGGGUUAUAUCCCCACCGCUGGGUUUGGGGAAGAAAUGCCCCCACAGGGUGGCCUGCAAGCGGUUGCUUCGAAUGGACCUUCCGGUGGCGGAUGAUAACACUGUGCAUUUCAACUCCACUCUCAUGGCUCUUAUACGUACGGCGCUGGAUAUCAAAAUUGCCAAAGGUGGAGCUGACAAACAGCAAAUGGAUAAUGAACUCCGAAAGGAAAUGAUGGCAAUUUGGCCAAAUCUGUCUCACAAAACACUUGACCUGUUGGUGACGCCGCAUAAAUCUACUGACCUCACCGUGGGGAAGAUUUACGCUGCAAUGAUGAUUAUGGAGUAUUACAGGCAGAGCAAAGCGAAACGACUGCAGGCGUUACAGGAGGAGCAGAACCGGACCCCUCUCAUGUUCCAGAGAAUGGAACCUCCUUCACCCACACAAGAUGGACCAAUGGGACUAAAUACUCUAAUGUCCUCUCAGCGGGAGCCAGGGGGAGAAAUGAGCAUACCCGAGGGUGGAAUGAAGGAAAGUCAGUCCUGGAUGACACAGAGAGCCCAGCAAAUGUUCCAGAAGACAGGAACGUGGAGUCCAGAGAGGGCAAGAGAACAAGAGAACACCAACAGCUGGCCAGAUUCCCAGUUAGUGGAGAUGACAGAGAUGGCUCGGGACGGUUACUCUGACAGCGAACAGUACCUUGUGAUAGAAGGACAUGGAAGAGCCGCCUCUAUGCCCCGGCUACCAGCCGACAACCAGCAGCGAAGGAAAACCCGAACCAGAGGGAGUAACCUCAGUACCAUUACGGAUGGGAGCCCAAUGAAGCGCUCAACUUCUAUGCUUGGUCAUUCCCGGUCGAAAGGCAUCCGACUAAAUGAAUACUCGUUGGAGAGGGUCACUCCGGAUGAAGGUCCUCGUCAUGGGAACCAGCGCAGAAGAGAGCGGGGACAUCGGGUGUCCGAGCGAUCCCUAACACGCUACGUUGAUCUGGAAUCAGGUCUUGGCACAGAGCUUAGCACCACAACGCAGUCAUGUGACCUGCCUUCAGAAGAACGCGGACGUACCCGAGACCGAAAGCACCACCACCACCAUCACCAUCAUCACCACCACCACCACCACCACCCCGGAUCUGAGAGGGAGCGCCUAGAAUAUGGGAGGCCAAGUUCUCGAUCGCCAAGUGCGGGCCGGGACUAUGCUCCACACAGACAGGGCAGUAGUUCAGUGGAUGGCAGCCCCGUGCCCUCAACCUCUGGGGCCAGCACACCCCGCAGAGGAAGGCGACAGCUGCCCCAGCUUCCCCCAACCCCCAGACCACGCAUUACCUACUCCCCUGUGGUUCGAAGGCCUGCCAGCAUCUGCCCUCCACAGCAGCAGCAGCAGCUGUCGCCGUGCAGAAUGACUACACCCCUCCCAAGAAGAUACCCUCAGAAUGACAGCAACGUGGGCAGCAACGAGAGACGAGCCACCCAUAACGACUCUCCCCGGCCACAUCGACACACCAGGGGACACUGCUCUGAUGCCCCUCGCGCUGGAUGCAGACACAGUGGUCCAUACCGGGAUUCCUCCUAUGAGGGACCCCACCCCUGUGACCAGCGCACCUCCAGGACUGCCGACCCCGGGGUAGUACCCCCUCUCUCGCCACAUGGGCGCAGGCUGCCCAACGGCUACUCCCAUGGGACUCCGCGACCCACAAAAUCUCGUCACGAACGUUACAGUGAGAGUGAGGAGGACGACUGGUGCUAAAAAAAAAAAAAGUAUAUAUACACACACAAAUACAUAUAUAUAAAUAUAUAUAUAUUUAUAUAUAUGUAUAUAUACAUAAACUUUAAUCUAGCAGGGAAAUCAAAGACUCUUCUGAGAAAGGAAGAAAACGGGAGGAAAAUAUGUUUCCCAAAAUAUAAGAGAUUGUCACCAAAAAAACAAAUUCCUCCCUGUGUUCCUUUCCACAUUUUGGGAAAAGUAUGGACGCCCUUGCAGCAUGUUUUUUUUAUUAUCCGUUGUAUUUUGGGAGGGCAUCUGGAUUUUGAAGGAGAGUAGAUGACACUCAGGAGGAUAAAGCAACAAGUUUACCACCAAAUCCCCCUCCCUGCUCUCUGAGCUCCCCAAUUUCACUCAGCUCAGAACCAUUUCCAUUGGUCAAAUAUUCCCACCUGGAAGAAAAGAAGACGCAAAAUGGCGCGAAAGUUUCUAAAAAGCUGCAGAGAACUUUUGGAAAAUGUACAAAACAAAUGGUAUUAUUUUAUUUUAUUUUUUUUCUCAAUUUGUAUUGAUGAGUUUUAUCAUCCAGAGGAUUGGAUAUGUGAGUGCUGGUUUAAUGUCUUGGAAAGAGCACGCAGAUGCACACACAAGAGUGUUUAGAGCUCAUAUUUGUUCAUAUUGCCUGCGGAAAUGAGAAUAUUAACAAAAAAAAAACUCCAACAAAAAAAAAAGACAUAAAAAGUUGGAGGAAAAAAAAAGAAAAAAAAAAGCAGCAUUUGAUUCAUCUGAUUUUUGCUUGAAAGUCCCAAAAAACGAGACAUAGAAAAAAAAACACAAAAAACAAAAUUGCGUUGCUAAUUUUAAAAGCUUUUUUUCCGACUUUGUUUGAAAAAACGUUAGAUGCGGAGUGUGGCGGAUGCAUGAAUAUUAUAAAUGGCAAAAAAAUGUUAAAUAUAUAUAUAUAUAUACACACAUUGAAUUUAAGAUAAUGAUAGAUGAAAACUGGAAUCUCUACCCAAGUGGCGAGCUGAGAAUUAUUUCUGUCAGAAAAAAAAACAAAAAAAAAAAAAUGAGGGACAUGGUUAAAAGUGGUUAUAAAUAUUUUUUUUUCCUAUUUAUUAUUUGGUGAAGUAAUGUUUUUUUUUUUGUGAAAUGAGAGAUUUACAGAUUUACAGCAGCGUAAACCAGAUUUAAUGUCACAUAGCUACACAAGAGAUGAAAUGAGCUAUAUGGGCCAUAUAUGGGCCAUUACAGUGUUUCCCACACUCAUACUGUAUACCACCUUUCCUUACCAGCCAGGAGGACAUCUGACACAUACAUGCAGUGGAGUGGUUUUAAAUACUGGAGAUGUGGACUGAUAAAGUGAUAUAUCAUCCUGAGAUUAGGAGUGGUGGGUAGGGCAACUUUGAGGGAGGGCUAGAACGGUCUUUAUGCAGCCCUACUGACACUGCUGCACUGGCACUUGCGUGAAAAGUAACUUGGUAUGUGUUUACUCAAAAUGUUUCUUAAAAAUGGUGCAUAUUGCAACUAUUUUUUUUUAUACAUUGCGUUUUUUCUAACUUAAAAUGUGAUACGACAAUAGCUAUUGCCCGAAUGUCUUCUCUUACAAACUUUUCACCACUCUCCAAUGUCUCCAUAUGGUGCAUUAGAGAGUCCAGCAUGAGAAGGGUCGAACACAAAUCGACUUUAAAAAACAAAGUUGUGUCCAACCCCCCCCCAUUCCCUCCUUUAUGUUUCUGUUCUCCUGUCUUGAUAUGUUCAUGUUUUCCGUAUAUGCAACUGUGUAUAACUGUGCACAUGGCUUAGUUGACCUCACCUUCUCUUAAAAGUGAAAAUAUCAUUAAAAUCAAGUGUUGCUUAUUUUGUAGCAGUUUUACGAUCAUAAUUCCUAUCUCCACUGGUUAUGUCUACUGGCAAAAACCAGAAGUGGACAAAAUACAGAAGUGGUGGCUCUAGAUUUUGCCCAGCUUUCUCGAUCAAUGCUCGAAAAGUGAUGUAUCAGAACGGGUGAUCUACUGCGGGUUAGUUUCUCCAGUGGAGGUUCACUAAGGUGCCUGAUGACUAAAAGGAAACUUUGGCUUCCUUUUGUCUAUACAUUUUCAGUGUUACAGUAAAUACCCCUCCCGCACACAGGUGGGCACACAGAGACGCGCACACCCUGGAGAACUGUCCGUUCGAGAAACAUACAAAUUUGUACCUUGCUGCAAUUAUUUAGCAAAUCAGAAAAUAUGGUCAUUUUUAAUAUCAUGCAAUUGCGUUUUUUUUUUUUUUUUUUUUUGCAGAUUGGGUUGUUUCUAAACCCUACUACUGUGUCCAGCACAAUUUUUUUUUCUUCAUAACAGGUGAAUUAAUGGGUAAAUUAUUCCACAUCUGCACAGGGUGGUUAAUUCCCCCGAAAACACAAUCACUUCAUAUUGAAUUAGGAUUUGCGGUGUCCUAGUCUUAGUAUGACAUAGGCCAGGUAGAUUUGUAUGUGCUACAAAAUAAGCAUCAUCUAUGUUUAGUGAUUGGAAUUUUCCUCUUGUAAAGGAACACCAUCACAUUACAAUGGGUAUUACUGCCAGGGCGAAUGGUAAUCCCGCCAGCUGUUAUUUUCCUGUGUUACGGUCAGCGAUAUCGCAGCUGUGCAGCCACUUUGCUAAUGGCUUCAUACGAGAAAAAGCGGGACAGCCAGAUACCUCACUGUUUUUCCUGGUUCCUUCUUGAAACUCCUGUCAGAAUCCAAAUAGCAAUGAGUCUUUCUAAGUUACUCUGACAAAUGGAUGAAUGAAUACGAUGGACUGACCCGGCCACCUCUGCUUUAGCAUGCAUAUAUGACCUGUUAGCAGCUACAAAGGGCAGGCUUGUAGACUUGUUAUGCACUAUGCCAUGCCUUUCUUUUGCACUAAAAUAAGUGUUAUGUUACCCUGAAAGUGCUAAAAGAGAAACGUAAGAAAGGUUUAGGAGUCUCAUCAGUGUGCCCGGGUGAUGUUGGUGAGGGCACAGUCUGAGGCAGAACGUAUUGUACACAGAUGCAUCAUGCAACUAUUUUUUGUCAUUUCUGGGUGUUUUAUAAUUAAGUAUUAUGAAAUAAAACAUAAAGGUUUGAA